UGCAUGACGGGCAUCCCUCGCUCCCACUGACAGCAGCAAGGAGACGGUGUGUGCUCAGCCCCCCGGCAGCAUCAUUCAUCCGCAGGAAGAGUGUAGGGUGAUACUUGGUACCUGGCAGCCAAUUGGAAGAAAGGUGGCACUGAAAGGGGGGUGCUUCCAGCUCCUCUCUCCACCCAUCCUCCAUAACACCCCUCUCCCUGUCGCCACCACCAUCGCCAUCCUCCUCGCACACAAAAGCGGUGCAAUCAGCUGACUCGAGAGAGCUGAGGCUUAGCCAGCUGCAGGCUGGAAAAUAAUAAAAUACCUUGGAGGGGAGGGAGGCAGCAGAGGAAGAAGCAGCAGCCAUGGAAGAAUACAAAUAACUGCCCUCAAUUCCCCCCCAGCCCCCCCUCCAUCCAAAUCACAAAGCAACGGCUGUUGUUAGAAAGGCCGACCUAGAUGCAUCCUCACACUCCUCCGCUGAGAAAGCCGCACGCAUCUGCAUCGGGAUCCAGGCACUGGACCUCCUGAGCAGCUCGUCUCUGUCGGGAGGAAUGCCUGUAGCUGGGAGACAGGCAGGAUCGUCUUUGUUCCUCGUUAGCCACUAAUAUCGCCCAAGUCCAUCCUCGAGGGAACCACCGUGCAGCCAACUCCUCUCUGAGCACCAUGGGAACCACAGAAGCCACUUUGCGGAUGGAAAAUGUGGAUGUGAAGGAAGAGUGGCAAGAUGAGGACUUCCCCAGACCUCUCCCAGAAGAGACGGGCAUGGAGUCGCUGGGCAGCCCUACAGAAGACGAGAACACAUCCUCUCCCCCAAAUACUUUGAACUUUAACGGGGCACAUCGUAAGCGGAAGACACUUGUUGCACCUGAAAUCAACAUUUCCCUGGAUCAGAGUGAAGGCUCCAUUCUCUCCGAUGACUUCUUGGACACACCGGAUGACUUGGACAUUAAUGUGGAUGACAUCGAAACUCCUGAUGAGACAGAUUCCCUCGAAUUCCUUGGCAACGGGAACGAACUGGAAUGGGAAGAUGACACUCCGGUAGCCACAGCUAAGAACAUGCCUGGGGACAGUGCAGAUCUAUUUGGAGACGGUGGGACAGAAGAUGGGAGUGCUACUAACGGACGGCUCUGGAGGACGGUCAUCAUCGGAGAGCAGGAGCACCGCAUCGACCUCCAGAUGAUCAAACCCUACAUGAGAGUGGUGACACAUGGAGGAUACUAUGGAGAAGGUCUCAAUGCCAUCAUCGUCUUUGCUGCCUGCUAUCUCCCGGACAGUAACCUGGCUGAUUACCACUACAUCAUGGAGAAUCUCUUCCUAUACGUGAUCAGUAGUCUGGAGUUGCUGGUAGCCGAGGACUACAUGAUCGUGUACCUAAACGGAGCAACACCCCGGAGGAGGAUGCCAGGCCUUGGCUGGCUGAAGAAAUGCUAUCAAAUGAUAGACAGAAGGCUGCGUAAAAACCUCAAAGCAUUGAUAAUCGUGCAUCCUUCGUGGUUCAUCCGGACGGUGUUGGCUAUUUCCAGACCCUUCAUCAGUGUGAAGUUUAUCAAUAAGAUCCAGUAUGUUCACACCCUGGAGGAACUGGAGCAGCUGAUCCCGAUGGAGCACGUACAGAUUCCAGACUGUGUCUUACAAUAUGAAGAAGAGAGGAUCAAGGCCAGAAAAGAAAGGGCAGAAGAGAAACAGGACAUGGCUGAGCAAGAAAGGCCUGUGCCCCCAGCAGAGGAUCAAGAAACCAGUAUGUCAUGAAUCAAAGGAGAGUGGAAUGAAUGGAGCAGAAGAAUGACGCAGCCUGGCAGUCACCCACGUAAAUGACCUUUUGGUAUAAGACCUUGUCGCCAUCUUAUUCCGAGUUCUGUAAGAUCACAGAGCCUGCUUCCCCUCUCUCCAAGAUGCAAAGUCCUUUCAAUUUUUGGAAAACAUUUUAAUUUAAAAAGACAAAAAAAAAAAAAACCCAAAACAAGUCAAGAAUAGCACUUUUCAGGACAGGUUCCAGUGUGUUGCAGUAAUGGUCUGUGGAGAACUUGAAGUAGUGCAAACAGAUACCACGUUUCUUUAGUGAGUUAAGAGCAUCCUGUAGUCCAUUAGACACCAACCCAGAAAGAGAUCUAUUUUUUGUUUAAAUUAUAAUCCCUUUCCCUAACUUGCUGCUGGCCAGCACUGAGACAUUUUGCUUUCAACUGCAUUCCCCCCCCAUUUUCUCCACACAGACUUUAAAACAGCCAUUGCCCCAGGGAAUCACUAAUCCAGGCAAUGAAAAGAAAGCAUUUUUGUCCUUUCUAUAGCCAGUGUAUGCUUCUUCCUGAAAAAAACAAGUGCCCACCGGUCUAGGCACCUCUUCUAGCCUUGACCGCCUCGGUUAGUUCAUCACCAGUCCUUCUUAUUAAAUCACACUGACCCAUUUCUCUGAGUAAAUGCCACGUUUCUGUCCUGAUUUGUUCAGUCUCAGUUUGUAAGGCACUCUGAUAGCUUUGACAGAGGGUCCCACACGGCACAGCAGCCUCCACAGAACCUUCUUAGGAGCAUCUCCUCAUGCCAACGCGCGCACACCAAAAAGGUCUGGGUUUAUGAAGGAGCCUUAUGGACAGGAAAGUCGUUCACGCCUUGUCUUUGUCUUGAUUCCAUGACACUGGACAAUCGUUCACCAUUAAUACCUCCUAUUGUGGAGACAAGCUGCUAAAUGUUUGAAAUGUCCUACUUGCCAUCCCUGGGUGAUGAGGGUCUCAUCUAUAACCGUACCUGCCUAGGAAAAAAAACAGGUGGAGAAUGCUGCAAACAUGGAAGCGGAACUUCAGCUUCUCGGUCAGCCAAAAGAUGCAGACACGGUAUCAACACUCUUGAAAUUCGUAUUUUGGACCCAUGACGAUUCUGUGAGCAAAGGAGGGAAGAAAGUUUAAGAAACAACUCUCUGGCCAAAAUCAUUUGGAAAUUCCUGAUUUCACCAGAGCCGGCUUACACAAACUGUCUCAAAUGCAUCAGGUAAAUCCCCUUGCAAACAACUGCAGAUGAAGAAUUACUCGCUUGUUUCAUCACUUAAGGGAUAUUCUAACCCAUAGCUCUUGGAAACUAUCCCCACCUCACUCAGCUCCAAAAUCCCCUGGAGGACAAUUCUGGCAAAGCAAGAUUCUCCUCAGGAUAGGGAUGUCUCCUCUGCAUACAAAAAGCUCCUCUCUUCCUUUUCAGUGAUCAAUACUGCUACUGAUGAGAUCUUCAUCUUUCUGACUGUCACAAAGGAGCACCAAAUGCUAACAGGAGGAGGCUACAAGGACGAUCCGAGGGCUGGAGCACCUCCCGUGUAUGAGGACAGGCUGAGAGAGUUGGGGUUGUUCAGCCUGGAGAAGAGAAGGCUCCGAGGAGACCUUAGAGCAGCUUCCAGUGCUGAAAGGGGCUACAAGAAAGCUGGAGAGGGGCUGUUCAUAACAGCUUGUGGUGACAGGACAAGGGAGAACAAGUAUAAACUGGAGAGGGGCAGAUUUAGCCUAGGCAUAAGGAGGAAUUUUUUCACCAUGAGGGUGGGGAGGCCCUGGCCCAGGUUGCCCAGAGCAGUGGUGGCUGCCCCAUCCCUGGAGGGGUUCAAGGCCAGGUUGGAAGUGGCUUGGAGCCCCUCAUCCAGUGGGAGGUGUCCCUGCCCAUGGCAGGGGGUGGAACUGGAUGGGCUUUGAGGCCCUUUCCAACCCAAACAAUUCUAUGAUUCUCAUUUGGAAUAUAUUUUUCCGAAUGCACUUCAGUCACAGAGGUAUUUACUGCACAGACUUUUGCAUGAAGAACACAGCACUGCACCCACAGCAUUGACCCCAGAAGAUGGAGAUGGUAAAAACAUAGUCAGCCCCACCAGACUGUUAAUAAUAAGCACUGAGUAAGCACUGACUUCCAUAGUUCUCUAGAAAUUUCACUAUGAGCCAGCUAUUGACAACAUGAAUUCUAUGCUAAAAGGGAAAAACAGAACUUCAGUUGAUUUGGAGUGUCGGUUUAUGCCAAGAAAUACCUCCCCGUGGGUGUUCUGACCUCCACACGUCAGUCGGCACUGGUUUGGAGACAGAAGCAGCAGUCAGAGACUCUUGAACAUUAAUGUGUUAACCUGGUCUGCAAAGCUGGGCAUCCUUCUCCACGCAUGGUCUGUCAGAUGGACUAAACAAAUCCACUGUACUUAAGAAAGGACUUUUCUGAUCAAAUGAAUUUUAUCUCAGACUAUAAAUAAUCACAAAUCUCCUCGUAGUAUGUGAGAGUGUGAAUUCACUCUCUCCCACUGGUAACACUUAAACCUGGAUUUUUUGUUUUCCUUCUGAGACUGCUUUUAUGCAUUUAGAUUGAAAAAUCCCCUGCUAUGUUUUCCGCGAAAGAAUGCAAAGCAGUUGGAUGCUGAAUGAGAAGUUUGUAAUGAACAAAACUGAUAGAAUGUCUAAUACUAUUUUAAAAGUACAACUCAAAGAACAUUUUAUGCAUCCGUGGUUACUAAGACAUUCAGUGAAAGACACAUCAUGGAAAAUAUUGCUAUUAUAGAACAUGUGGACACAGAGGAUAAAAAACCUUGACUGCGUUUAGUCUUGGGACCUGAAGAAAUACAUCAUUUCUUGAUAUUCAGCAGUAACCAGAAGAAUCCGUGGAGAUGUUCAAGGCCAGGUUGGAUGGGCCUUGGGCAGCCUGAUCCAGUGGGAUGUCCCUGCCCAUGGCAAGGAUUGGAUCUGGAUGAUCUUUAAGGUCCCUUCCAACCCAAACUGUUCCAUGAUUCUAUAAUGUGGGUUUGGGUUGUUUUGUUUUGUUCCAAAGAAAAAACACCAUGUCUCGAUUUUCAGAAAAAAACUACAGAACGAGCACACCUGAAGACAAAACUUCCUAUUUUUCCAUGUAAUUCCUUUAGGGCAAUGAUAAGAGUUCAGCCCUGAAAAGGACAGAUUACCAUUUUCAUUUCAGAAAGGAAGUUCUUUGUUUGGUACAAAAGUAACUUCUUGGAAAGGCUUUUUCCAAAAGUGCACUUUUUGACAGAGCACUCAAAGCAGGAUGCACUAGAUUUUAAUUUUGAACAAAAUCUUAUGUGUAUAUAAACUUUAAGUUCCUGAAUGGAUGGGUGUCUAUACGUCUUUUCAACACAGAGAAGAUCCUGCAACCCCUAAUGGAUAAACCAUAACUAAAUGCAAAAAUUGCAUUUUUAUAGCAAAACAAAAGUGUGAUUAAAUUCUUUCAGAUGGUAUUUCAGACGCUACUUGAAACCAAAGUAAUUACAAAUUCUUUGACAGAAACACAGAACCAAUCGGGUUGUAAGUGUCCCUCUACUACACACGAAGAAACAUUCCUGAGGUUGAUGUUAAUAGACCUGCAUGGGAUUCAGACAAAAUCAGAUCCACGUGCCGUAACAAACACCAAACACGCUGCAAUUCCUCUUCAGGAGAUCGCUACAAACAAGGAUCCACCUCGCAAAGGAGGUGAGGGAUGGACAGUCACUCAAGAACAUCUUGAGGAAGGUUUGGGGGCUGCAGACAGAUGAGAUGAUUGCAUUGGUGGGGAGUUGUUAACCCAAUGAAAAGACUUAACUGAUGCAAACGUGAAGCUGUGACAACAGACCAAACAAAUCAGAGGUGAUUGAAGCCAUGUCACAAAUCCUUUUGCCAGUUCCCUAGGGAGAGCUGCUCUCAAAGCCUGUUUGUGAGAGGGUUUACCAGCCAAGCGUUACGUUUCCACAGGAGAUGCAGUUUAGAAGAGAAAUCUGCUAUACCAGCAACAAAAAACGUCGCUAGUAAAAGUGCAUUUACAUCAGGACUUUUGCCAGUAUCUAUAAUAUGUUUAAAGAAUAAAGUGAAUUAAACUACAUCCUUUCAGCAAUACUGCUAUACUGGUCAAUAUUCCAAAUGCACACCUGGCCUUGUUCCUGCCUCAUAAAAUCCCCUCCAAGGAUAAAUAUUUUGACCUCUGAAUGCACUGUAUUAUAUCAAAGAGCAGGUAUUAUCAACAGCUUUUUUCUGGUCUUGGAUUCUACCUUUCAUGAGAUUUUCUAAUGCUGAAUUCACAUCUCACUACAUUGUAGCUGCAGGAAAAAUCAUUUUACACCCGUGAUAGCGUCUCCACACAAACCGUGGUCUGAAUUUGAACGUUCCCCCAGGCUCAGCCUACAAACUGAGAGGCAGAUCCCUUCCUCUACAGCUGAUGACAGACUAGGAAAUACCAUUCCAUCUCCUUAGGGCCGUCACAGGCUCCAGCCCUCGGAAACACAGGCACCUGACACCGCGUUAUGCAGCAACCGUGGGAUUUACACAGUUAAACCGCUUUGUCUGGCACACGUAGGAAUCACUCGGAUUUGGGACUCUCCAGUAAUUUUCAUUUUGAUUCCCAAGGAAGACACAGGAAAGAAAACUGAGAUGCUGCUGUAUAUUCAAGUUGGGUAAUUAAUACAAUUUCUUCUGUACAGUACUGUGUAAAUGUAAGUGGAUAUUUAGAGCAUACCUCAUUGCGACAUUUUUCCAUCUUUUUUCCAAAGAUUAUUUGCUUACAGAGCGCAAACCCAUGGAGGAGAAAACCUCAGUGCUCAAGGUUUUAAAAGCAACAUAUCCUCUAUUUUCCAUGUGUGGGGAUGAAAACACGAAAGAAUUCAUGAAAUGCUGGUGGCAAUAAGCUCCGAUUGGCCUGACAGCUGGCGAAACGUGCAGCAAAAUUGCUAUAAAUACAAAAGCACAUGUUUUCUCUUUUGUAUUUCCAUACUUACUGGCAGUCAAAAAUACAGCAUGCUACUGGUAAAGUGGAUUUGAAGAAGUCACCAUGACAAUAUAAGAUAAUCUAUCUCAGUUUUUUUUCCUUUGUCGUGGGCCCUUUGAACCCAAACCUACCUGUAAAAACGUGUGAACUGUCAUUUUUCUAAAGUGUUUGUAAUUAGGUGGUUGAUGCUAGAAGACAUAGGUUGCUGUUCAGUAUCUAUUAUUAUUUUUGCUUUGUAUUAUUCCAUAAGAAUCUGUGGCUAUUCAAUUAAAAUGAGACUAAUCCU